UCCAAUCGCUUCUUCUACCUCGCGUCUCCUCUCUCCCCCAAUCGCCACUCCCGCAUUUGCUAGCUCCUGAUACGGCCAUGGCUGGGUGUGCUGGUCCGGUUCCCCAAGCUGUUGUCUUUGGGGUUCUGGUGCUGUUCGCCGGGCUUGCGGCGGCGCAGAGGACGCCGACGCCGACGCCUGCGGCGGCGGCCCCCGCGCCCGACCCUGGCUGCAACGGCAUCCAGCUGACCUACAACUUCGAGAGCCGCACCAAGAUCCGGCCGUACGUGGCGGAUAGGAACAAGCAGCCCUACUCGUUCAAGGCCAACGCCACCGUGCUCAACUCCGGGACCCGCCCGCUCAAGUCGUGGGCGAUGCUCGUCACCUUCGGGUACGGCGAGAUCCUCGUCGGCGUCGACGGCGCCGUGCUCACCGGCGGCGGCGAGAUGCCGUACAACACCACCGGCGACGCCGGCAACGCGACGUCGUUCUCCGGCUACCCACAGACCGACCUCCUCACCCCGAUCGCCACCGCGGGUGACAUCUCGCGGAUCCAGGCCUCGGUCGGCAUCGUCGGCACGCUCUUCGCCGGGCCCGAGCCGUUCGUGCCGCUCCCCACGGCGCUGUCGCUCGACGACCCGGCGUACGCGUGCCCCGCAGCGACCAACGUCUCCUCCGGGAUCCUCUCCACCUGCUGCGUCCUCACCCCGGAGGCGGAGGCCAACGCCACCGUCAUCGACGUCAACGCCACCGACCCGACCAAGAACUUCCUCCCCCGCCGCACCGGCGACCUUGUCAUCACCUACGACGUGCUCCAGGCCUACCCCUCGAGCUACCUCGCGCUGGUCACGCUCGAGAACAACGCCAAGCUCGGCCGCCUCGACAACUGGCGGCUUUCUUGGGAGUGGCGGCGCGGUGAGUUCAUCUACUCAAUGAAGGGUGCAUACCCAUUGGAGAAGGACACGUCCGGCUGCAUCUAUGGGCCGGCAGGGCAAUACUACAAGGACCUUGAUUUCUCCCAGGUGCUCAACUGCGACAAGAAGCCGGUGAUCCUUGAUCUGCCUCUGUCCAGGUACAAUGACACUCAGAUUGGGAAGAUUGACCAUUGCUGCAGGAAUGGCACCAUCCUGCCAAAGUCCAUGGAUGAGAAGCAGUCGAAAUCAGCCUUCCAAAUGCAGGUGUUCAAGAUGCCACCGGACCUGAACCGGACAAAGCUCUUCCCACCGGCCAAUUUCAAGAUCGCCGGCGCAUCAUCACUAAACCCAGACUACACCUGUGGUCAGCCUGUACCCGUCAGUCCCACAGAGUUCCCUGACCCAAGCGGGCUUGACUCAACCACUCUGGCGAUCGCGACAUGGCAGGUGGUAUGCAACAUUACCACGAGCAAGGCGGCAAAGCCCAAGUGCUGUGUGACAUUCUCGGCGUACUACAAUGACUCGGUGAUCCCCUGCAACACCUGUGCCUGUGGAUGUCCUGCGAAACAAGGUCCUACUUGCAGCACAACUGCUCAAUCUAUGAUGCUGCCACCAGAGGCGCUGCUUGUGCCGUUCGACAAUCGCACACAGAAGGCGUUAGCGUGGGCUGAGUUGAAGCACUACAAUGUGCCUAGGCCAAAACCUUGCGGUGAUUAUUGUGGUGUGAGCAUCAAUUGGCACAUAUCAACGGACUACAACAAUGGCUGGAGCGCUCGGAUGACAUUGUUCAAUUGGGAUAACGUCGACUUGGCAAACUGGUUUGCUGCUAUUGUCAUGGAUAAGGCUUAUGAUGGUUUUGAGAAGGCAUACUCUUUCAAUAGCACAACAGUGGGCCAGAACACCAUCUUCAUGCAGGGCCUGGAGGGGCUCAAUUACCUGGUGAAGCAGACCAACAUGAGUGGAUCGGAUUACCUUGUGCCUGGGAAGCAGCAGUCAGUCCUCUCAUUCAGCAAGAAGCUGACUCCUGGCAUCAACGUUGUCGCUGGAGAUGGUUUCCCUUCAAAGGUCUUCUUCAAUGGCGAUGAGUGUUCAAUGCCUCAAAGGAUUCCAAUGAGCAAUAGUGGAUUCAGGACCCAUCUCAGCAGUGUCCUCUCUUUGGUUUUGGUCCUAGCUGCUUCGGCCUUUGUAUUGCUUCACCAAUAAUACUGGCCGUUGCUAUGAUUCUUUGAUUCUUUCAGGUGGUUUGAUCAGCGCCAUUUGUAAGAAACCUUUUUGUUUCUGGCGGUUUACUAGAUGUGUAAUGGUUGCUAUGUGGCAGCAUCAGGCAGCAAUUGUGCGACGAGAUGAACUGCAAGGGAAGGGGAGGAAACAUUGUUGCAGACUUGCAACAUAGCAUUAGGAUCACUUUCCUGAAUCCUGAUGAUAUUUACUACCUUUUUACAUCAAGAUGAGUGAUAUUGUACAUUUCUGAUUAAGUUGGUGUAGUUGCCAGGAAUGUCUUAUGUUUAGUUGUGUCAUAUACAUAAUACAUUUUGCACUUCGGUGCUGGUUCAUCAAACCGUUUGUCUGCCCA